UUCGGAGGUUUUCCGCUUUCCCCGAACUUCUUGACAGAUCCGACUUCAGCUUGAAAAGAAUUCAAGAUGGCUGCUACAGGAAACUAGGAAAGAGCUAACUCCUCUGGAUUCCACUGUGCAUGAAGCUCUCCCGAGGUUGUGGUGUCUAAGUGAUCCGUGUUUCAGCUCCUCCCGCCUCUCAUCAUGUCCUCCACCUCCUCCUCCUACUCCUCCUCGGGGGAGACUAGUCCGGAGGAUGUGCCCCGAGGUGGGGGCACCAUCCGAGUCUACCUCCCCAACAAACAGAGGACAGUGGUGAAUGUUCGCCAAGGACAGACUGUGUACGAGAGUCUAGAUAAAGCGCUCAAAGUGAGAGGCCUGAGCCAAGACUGCUGUGCUGUAUUUCGCCUUCUAGAAGGUCGUAAGAGACUGACAGAUUGGGACACAGACAUCACACCAUUGGUUGGAGAGGAGCUUUUAGUCGAGGUCCUAGAUGAUAUUCCCCUCACAAUGCACAACUUUGUCCGGAAAACCUUCUUCAAACUGGCUUACUGUGAUUUUUGCCACAAGUUUCUUUUUAACGGCUUCAGAUGUCAGACAUGCGGCUACAAGUUUCACCAGCACUGCAGUAGCAAGGUCCCUACUGUGUGCGUGGACAUGGAUACAGUGACCAAACGAGUUGAUACUAAUCCCUGCACAGAUGAGUACCCACGGAUACUAUUGCCAGAAAAUUCCCCAUUGCAGAGCAACCUAGCCUUAACCCCAGAGCCUGCUGGGAUGGACCUCCUGUCCCCAACCUCAGCCUUUCGCUUCCCCAUGCCGGGUGGGGAUGGCCAGUCUCUACAGAGGCAUCGCUCCACCUCCACUCCCAAUGUUCACAUGGUCAGCACAGUGGGCCCAGCUGGUGCCAGCAUUAUAGAGGAAGCAUUAAAAUUCAACAACACAAUGGGUCCUGAACCCUCACCAAAACCCUCUACCAGCCCGCCGUCUUCUCUCGGCUCUCCGGGGAGGAAACCGCCCAAGUCUCCCUCAGAGCACAAGGAGCGCAAGCCUUCCUCGUCCGAUGACAAAAAGAAAGUGCAUCGAGGGGGCUACAGAGACUCAAGUUACUACUGGGAGGUCCACUCUCGAGAAGUCACCGUUCAAAAGAGAAUAGGUGCUGGCUCCUUUGGAACAGUCUUCAAGGGCAAAUGGCACGGAGACGUGGCAAUCAAGAUCCUUAAAGUCACAGAGCCGACCCCUGAACAGCUGCAGGCCUUCAAAAAUGAAAUGCAGGUCUUACGAAAGACCCGCCACGUCAACAUCCUGCUGUUCAUGGGCUAUAUGACUAAGCCCAACUUUGCCAUCAUCACACAGUGGUGUGAAGGCAGCAGCCUGUACCGCCAUCUGCAUGUCACAGAAACCAAGUUUGACACUAUGCGGCGCAUUGAUGUGGCCAGGCAAACAGCUCAGGGCAUGGAUUAUCUCCACGCGAAGAACAUCAUUCAUCGAGACCUGAAAUCAAACAAUAUUUUUCUCCACGAGGGCUGGACUGUGAAGAUCGGGGACUUUGGUUUGGCCACGGUUAAGUCUCGGUGGAGCGGCUCUCAACAGGUAGAACAGCCCAGUGGAUCCAUUCUGUGGAUGGCUCCUGAGGUGAUCCGAAUGCAAGACACCAACCCAUACACGUUCCAGUCCGAUGUAUACGGCUAUGGAGUAGUGCUGUUUGAGCUGAUGUCAGGGACUCUGCCUUACUCCAAUAUCAACAACAGAGACCAGAUAAUCUUUAUGGUUGGACGUGGCUACUUGUCUCCAGACCUCAGUAAGCUGUAUAGUACCUCACCUAAGUCAAUGAAAAGGCUUAUCAUUGACUGCCUGAAGUUCAAACGAGACGAGAGGCCCCUGUUUCCACAGAUCCUGGUAGCCAUUGAGCAGGUUCAAGACCUGCUGCCAAAAAUCGAGCGGAGUCGCUCAGAGCCAUCGCUCCACCGGGCCGUCCAUGCUGAGGACCUGAACCCCCUUCUGUUCCACACCACCAGGCUGAUGCCCCUCUAGGCUCCCCACAGAGCGGGGCAGAGAGGUCGUCUCCCUGGCUUAGACCACAGCAUUCCCGUGCCUCAGAGAGGCUACAGGCUGACUGUCCUGGCAGACCACGACCCCCAACUCACUCCCUGCCCCCGCGGAGCCCUGGAGCUGCAGCACUCGGCACAAAACUCAGUAACUGUAGAAAUGACUGUAAGACAUUGUUUAGACUGAUAGUGAAUCAUCUUUUCCUUUCAUACAAGAGACACAGAUCUGCUCAUUUAGUGAAAUAAUUGUCUAUUAUUUCUAGAAGGGUGUUCAAAUGCCUUAGAUCAUUACAUACUCUCACCUACUAGGAGGUAUUUUCAGUUAUUUUGAGGAAAAGGUAAAAACAGAUAUUUUGCACAAACCCUUCAAAAUUGUGUUGUCCAUUUUCAGUCGUAAAUAGUCUUACGCAGUCCUUUUGAGGAGAACUGUAAUCAUAGCCAAACUAUUUAAAUAAGUUCAAGAGCCAUAAUGCUGGAGCUCCUGGUUCAGGUCACCUGAUCAGCUUACAUAUUUCAAAUGCUCAGUCGUCAUGGGCCCUUUUCUGUCUAAUGUGAUGGAGAUCUGGGAUGUGAAGCUAGGGAUUUGAAAGCAAACCUUGCUUGUCUGGGAGUGUUUUGUAAAAAGAAAGGACAUUAAGUCUUGAUGGGAACCUCCACUCUUCACUGCAUCUGCAAAUAUUUCACUGCUGGAAUUGAUGUUGAAUAUAACCACAGCAACACAUCAACAUUAGGAGGCAGAGGAAGUAACCUUGUUACCUUUGUGAAAGCUUCUCUGCACAUUAGGGCUGUAUUGAAUAGUUGGAGGCUUCAGUCAUAACGUUGACAUUGGAAUUCUAAAUCAACAUUUGAAUGCUUGUGAAAAUUAGAUUCCAGUAGUGUCUGCGUAGGAUUGUUUCCAAAAGUCCAAAUUUAUAGAUAAAUAUUUAGGAAAAUUCUGGAAAUGCAGAACUGUUUUCUCUCCUGCUUCCCCCACACAAAGGGAGGCAAGCACUGACAAGUUAUAUUGAUUAAAGAAAGUUAAUAUAAUAUUAAAAAAGAGAAAAUCCUUUAAUCUGAUACACUUUUUCCCCAAAAAAUUAUAUCUUUUUUUUUUUUCUUUAAGGGUGAUGACAUUAUUUGAAAACCUCAAUAAAAGUUUUGAAUGUUAAAAAGACAUUUGUACAGCACUACUGCACAUGCUGUAUAGCAGUGACACGCUUGAAAAAUGCCAAGAUGGCAGAUUGCUGAAAAUCCUGACUUCUGAGUUCUACUAAUUGGUGUACACAUAACUCAGCUGGAUAGACGUACUCAAAUGACCAAGUUCAUCUUGGACCCAAGUUCCCAUUGACGUUGCAAUGGACUAAAAAGAGAGAUAAUCUCCAAAAGAGCACUUGACAUGUAGAAGUUGAACAGUUAACCCAGCAGGGCCUGGCAGACGUGGCUGUAGUUCAAAUGAAAUGUUUUUUGUUUUUCUAUUCUGUCAGAGGAAUAAGUGAAUCACACUGCAUAUCUCUAACCCCCAGAGUCUUAAACCUUAUUGAUUGGAAACAGAACAACCAUCUGGUUCACUGAUCGUUUUCAAAGUAACUAAAAGCUGCUUGUAAUGUUAUUUACUUUACGCCACUGGGAUGUCUUUCAGCUUGUUGUUAUCGUUCAGACUGAUACAGGAUGACAUUGUUACGACCAAUAUUUUGGCAAUGUAUACAGAAAAGUUUGUCUGAUUAAUUUAAUUCAUUCUGAUUCCAAAAUACAAGAUUUCAAGAUUUUCCCAAGUAUUUUAUUCUUGCCAGUUCAGUGAAAACCCCUUUAAAAUUAACAAUCAAUUGGGAUGCCGAUAAAGACAUGUAUAUACUGUAUUAAGAUGCUUCAGGUUAAGGGCUCUCCAUAGACAGAUGGUAAUAGUACUGCUCAAUCUACAGCAACUGCUUUAAAUCUUAUAGAAUAAUCUCACUAUUUUGGUCAACAAAGCACAUGUCAAAUUCAAGGUACUCUCCAAGAACAUAGAACUCCCAAACUCCCCCUUAUUCCACUGAUUCCCUUUUAGACUUUUACCAGAAUGUCAUCAGGCUUCAGAUAGCAGGGUUGCAGAUGAGAUGGCUUUUACAUAUAUAUUUAAAUUGGUUGUCAUUUUCAGCCUAAUGUGGAAUUGACAGACCAUAGUAAGUUGCAGUCUUAAUGUAAAUAAUUAGUUGUAUUGCUGCUACGUAUCGUGUGUUUUCUGUUCACUUUAUUACUACACCUGAUGAGACAGACGUGGACUAUCCAAUGGCACACAGCUCAGCAACAGCUCUUUUGCAUUUUUUUUUUUUUUUUUAAAUGGUUAUUCUAACUGCUGUCAAACACUACACUGUGGAUAUGCCACUGAGUGAUAUUUCACAGUUACAUGCCCACACAUAUACACAUAAUCUAGUACUGUAGCUGUUGCAUGAACACUGUGAGUAACGUUUUGAAGUGAGUCACUCUGGUUAAGAUGCACUGUGGGAGGUGUUAGAAGUGUCAUUAAGAUUCUGCACUGUAUGAACGAGACGCUAUGUGGACGUGGGUGUGAUUUCUGUUUCAGAGAAUUAUAAGAAUUGUCCGAAUGCCCCAGAAUCCGUCGCUCAGAGUUUCAGAUGUUCUAGAUGAGUGGGCAGGCUUGUUUGAUUUAAGAUUGUUAUGCCUGUCUUCUUCUUUUAAACAACCGGUGUAGAAGACUUGCUGUCAGUGACAACUUCAAAAUAUUUCAAUUGGCAGGCAGAGCUGUUCAGGGAGCUGAAUUAGAUUUGUAAACAAAGGCACGUGGAUGGAUGGAGAUUAUCAAAACAAAUUCUACUUUCACCUCCUGUUUCAUGUUUUUUGGAUGCUUAUAUGCAUUGAGUAAUUAAGAGUACGGUCUAGACCUGCUCUAUAUGAAAAGUGUCAUAAGAUAACCUAGAUAAAGAGACUGAAUGAACAAUGGUAUUCCCCAUGCGGACGGUGUGAUUACUGCCCUCCUUUCCCUGCACUCACCUCUGCAGAUGCAUGAUGGGACUAACUGUGACUGGUUGAUCAUGUUGCUCACAGUGGGAUCUCCGGGUUAGGCCAAUUAACUAGCUGCUGUUGUCAUGACCUACGUGGUGAACAGACUCAGUGAGGCAGACACUUCCAUUCAUUCCUUGUGAGGCAACUAUAAGCUCAGGUGUAUACUGCUUCACGCAACACGUCUCCAGUGGAUAUGUGGACUACCUUUUUAGAUAAAGGCUAUAUAACAUUAGGUGUGGUUUAAAAAGGCCCCCCAGCUGCAUAAAGACCUUCCUAACUGAUGGCGGUGGUCCUGUAGCGGUGUGUGGGGCUCUCUGGUGUGGCGGUUGUUUUAGCGGUCGGCGUCCUGGCUGCAUGUUGACCUAGAGAAGGCCUCAGGAGCCUCCGCCAUCGCUGUGCCCCUCAGAUCUUUGGAUGACACGGAUGUAGUCCUUUUAUGAAAACCUUCUCCUGUGAAGAAAUGCAAAAGCACAGUACACCAAUGUGGAAGUAUCCAAAGUGUACUGGGCCGGGGGGGGGGGGGGGGGGUUGUGCUGGUGUCUCCUUUACUUGAACCAGCUCUGUUCAUCUGGGUUUCCUCUGUGAUCUGUGACUCUAGUGGAAAGUUCUAUAUUUCCUGACAUCUUUUCUUUCGUCAGCCCUCUACUAGACUUUUGGUUUCUUAUCAAUUUACAUGACUGAAGUCACAUUAUGAUUUCAGGUUGAGAACCGGUACCUGCCCCAGAUGCCUGUCUGAUGGGCAGUUCAUUCUCCUGUGCUGUUGACCAGGAUUAGAUUCCACUUGGUCAGCCACGACUGCUAGUACUUAGUAUGGCUCAGUUUCCAUCAGAACCUCCUCCUGGCCUGAUUUGUUGGCUGGAGAGUGCUGCAGAGUGAAGGCAGAGCAACCGGUCUUCGGAUUGUCUCAACUCUUUCAGGGUUUGAACCAGAUCCCUUACAGCACAUACACAUGUUAUUCUUGAUUGUUAACGUUUCCAUAGCUCUCUUGUUUGUGACUGCUCGUUUUCCUGGGUUUAAAAGUACCGAGCUCUUUUUCUUUAUGAGACUAGGUUGUUUUUUUUCUGGAUUUGAUCAAUAGAGUUCACUGCUCUCUGGCAUAAGUAGUAAUCAUGGAAGUAUUUGCUGAUUGAUACUACUGAGUCAUAUGGUUUUUGGUGUCACACUUGAGUGUACAUGGACUCGCAGCAGCUGUGGGGGGGGGGGG